AUGAGCAGAUUCUCGGGCAAGCCAGUCAAAAAGGUUGGUCUAGGCCAAACGACUGUCAAAAGGCCCAUUUUAUCCGGUGCAAAACAGCGAGUUCCCAUCAAUCCGGUUCCUUCUUGGCCAGAGACAACGGUCAGCUCCAUAGGACCUACUACUUCUUUUGUCAAUAAUAUUAGUAUUGGUGGUGGAGAUGAUAAAUCGACCACUUAUCCGGUUGUGCCACUAAUGCAGAUAUGGAGCAGCUUAGAAGACCGUCUGCGUGCCGACCUGGAUGCUGCCGAGGCUUGGUCGUCAGAUGGCGAUAGCGUUUCUUCAAGUAGUGGUGACGAGCAGCUAGGCGCCAGGCCGGUCAUCAGUCCCCAUGCGUCGCCGCCAGAUAAUGAUGAUCACGAUCCUAAUGAUGUAACCAGCUACGAGGAGCCUGAAAAUGACGAGAUGGAAGCGAGAGAAGAAAACGAUAAGUAUAAGUCAUGCUAUUUUACCACUGGAGUGACUCCUUCACCGGCUCCUAAAUCAAUAUUAUCUCAUAUUUGCGCUACUCAAAAGAAAUUAACAAUCAGUCAAACAACCGAGCAGGAUUCUGAGGAAGAGCAGGGUACCGGAUCUAAAGGAGAUGGCAAAGUUCGGCUUUCUAUAUUGAACGGUGGUUCUUUGAAUAGACAACGCAACUCCGCCCAUUUGUUGAGGUGA